AUGGGUUCUCAAAUUUGUCAGAAUAUCUAAGAGUCAAAAGACGGUCAAAUUAAUCUCAACAAGAUAGUCUAAGUUAACAUCUACAAACCUCCUCAAAUACAAAAACCCUAGCCAAUAAUCAAUUUACUGUUCCCUGAAGAAAAUAAUUGGAUCGAAAAAGAACGAAUGAAUUCUUUACCUAAGCAAAAUUCUUCAGACAUUACCCUAACCAGAUAAGAAUUCAACCAGAAGAAACCAGACCCCUCAGACAUUAAUUGCACUCAAGGUUGUAAUGAUCAAUUAGAUCUUCUUAACAGUUCUAAAGAUGAUUCCAACAGUGGAUUGCAAGAACGUAUAUUAUCUUAUUAUUUAUUAUAUAUAGUCAAGCACAAGUCCAUUCUAAAAAACAAAGUGAUGGCUGGAUCGAAUUCUUCUAGUUCGAAUAACGCACAAAAAGACAAUGAGUCUGCGGGAUCCCAGAGAUCAAUUAAAAAAGUCACCUUCGAUAAAAAACAAAAAGUUAUAUACAGCAGUUUUAGAAAACCUAAAGCAUGA